UCAUUGGUCUCAUUUUACAGUGUGGAGUGAAAGUGGCUCGUAGUUGAACGUCUGACAUUUCCAUAUUAUUAAUUUUUGUUUGGCCAUUAUCUUAAUUUAUCUCAGUUGUUAUUCGCGUUAUGUCGUUUAAUAUCUUUGGUUUUGCUUUACGUUGUUUAGCGUUCAAUUAAACGCAGUGCGUGCGAUUCUAGCUGGAGUGUGUCAAGAAUGGCUUUUGAACAGUUCUGCCUAAAGUGGAACAAUUUCCAGAGCAACAUUCUCACAGCGUUUGAGAGCCUGCAAUCGACUGAAGAUCUCGCCGACGUGACGCUUGCAUGCGAAGGCACUACUAUCAAGGCACACAAGUUUAUUUUGUCAGCCUGCAGUCCAUAUUUUAGAACCAUAUUCAAAGAGAAUCCAUGCUCACAUCCAGUUGUGAUAUUAAAAGAUGUCCAUUAUAGUGAUCUAAUAGCUUUGUUGAAUUUUAUGUAUCAUGGAGAAGUUAUGGUGUCAAAGGAACAACUGCAGACAUUUCUCAAAACAGCUGAGGUCCUGCAGGUGUCAGGACUGAAAAGUCUGCCUGAUUUAUGUCAGAAGAUGAAGACUAAGAGGAUUAUACAAGAAAUUGAACCAGAAUGUGCCAAGAAACAGCGAAUUGAGCGAAAACAGGACAAGAUUGAAGAUAGGCAACCAAACGAACAGGAAAACAAAACUACAACACCAAUCCUACCCGUUGAUAGCAUAAAAAUCGAAGCAGAAGACGCGCCUAGCGACACAGAGUCCUUUCCAGAAAAACAAGACUCUCCAGGAAAGGAUAAAUCUCUGCUGGAAGCAGCUUUAGAGGUAAAGGAUGCUCCAGCAAGCAUUCUAGAAAGAUCUCUAACUUCACAAGCAAAUUCAGUAAAAACAAAUCUCGCUGAAAUAAAAUGCGAGUCCAUACCUCGCAAACCACCAGAAGAGUCCAACAAACGUGAAAUCGACGACAGCGACCACAUGACAAACAGCAAUGACAGCAUCGGUAAUGGCGGCGUAUCCGGUACACCAGCGCCCUCUAUUACUGAACCACCGGUGCAUCACUCAUCGCAAUGCGGCACAUGUCCGCAUUGCAAACUGCCCUUCACCAACCAAUCCUCACUCAAGUAUCAUGUGCGUUUGGUGCACUCCGAACUGCUGAAUCUCUACUGUUGCCAUCUUUGCCCGCUGACUUUCGGCUUCCGCUACGGCUACAAAAAGCACAUGGCGGAUGUGCACAGCGUGCGUACAUAAUUUUAUCUAGAACCAACUUGUUACAGUAAAACUGAAAUUCUAUUUAUAUAUUUUUUUACGCAUGUGACGCGCGAUAUAAUCGCAAUGGCGGAGAAUGCAAUGUUUUAUUGAGAUAAUAAACAAAAUUUUAUACUUUUAUAAAA